AUGACCCAGCUGUGCCUGUGGGUCCCAUGGCUCCUCUUUGUGUGGCAACCUUUGUGGUCCACACAAACCUUUGUUUGCCAAGGUUUGGUCCAGGCCACCAAACCUUGGCAAACGACCCAGGACCCAGUCCAGCUGACUUUUGACUCCUCAGGGCUCUCAGAGUCCUCGGUUUCACACUUCUCUGAUCACCCUCCUAGAUCACCCGAUGGCCUCACAGGGCCAGCAGAUCCUGGGGCCUUUGAUUACCUGGCCUCUUCUACUGCCUCACCAGCUUUGAUCCUGCCUAAAGAGUUGACUGAGGGUUUGGUUCCAUUCUUGGACUCGAAUUCUGCUCAAGAGCUGCCCCCACAACCAGAUCACCUUGAAGUUAUGUAUCAGGAUCUGAAUGACAAGCAACAUUGGCAACAAAGGCUCCCUAAUGUAGUUCACAUGCCAGAUGGAGAUAUGCCUCCUCGACUCAGGCAUAAGAUGGAAACUGCAGGUCUAGAUCAGGCUGUGGAUCAGUCAUUUGAAACAUUUGUUCCAACUCUAGAUAGUCUGAGCUCAAAGGCAACCAAGUUGAUUGUUUCACCUCUGAAGUUGAAGAAGGAUCUAGCUCAGCAUCAGCAACUUGCUGAGCUUGCUGGGAUGCCAGGCCAAUCUGCAAAGCCUCAGCGUCCAGAGCCAAUUCUGCAGGAUGAUUAUGAACAUCCUAGCGUGGAUACAGUUUAUCCUGGCAUCUUACCUCUGGAAUUCCAGGUGAACCCACGUGAGCUGCGGGAGUCCUCUGAGCAAAUGGAACCAUCUCAAUUUCAGCUAGAGGGCCACUCCUUUUCACUCCAACAAGAAGCCCCAGCUCAACAUCUACAGCACCUUGAAAAGGAAUACUAUCCCUCAACUCAGGAGGAGGCCCCACCUCAAAAACAACAGGCCCCUGAGGAGGCAAAACUUUCUUUAACUCAACGGAUGGCUUCAGCUCAGAAUCAAGUUGUUCCUCAAGUUGGAGGUCAGUCAUCAGUGCACCAUGUAGUGAACGCUCCAUCUCAAGGUCCAAAGGAAGAUCUCCACUCAGAUUUGCCCAGUGUCACAGCUAAACCAGCAGACACGGAGCUUACAGUAACACCAAAGGGAUGUAAGGAUGCUCAUCCUAUUCUAAACCAGCAUCAGACCACAGCAUAUACUGAAGGGCACCAUGAGGAGAUGAAAUCUUCCUCAAGUCAAUCAAGAGCCCUGCAUGCGACCCCACAGGUCCCUGAGUUGGUGAGAUCUUCAACCCAGUCAGCGGGCCAAGUUGAAGUACUAAAGUCCCUGUUGGAGAAAAUAGCUCCGACCCCUCUGGGUUUUGAGGCACAAGUUCAGCCUCAAAGUCAGGAUCAAACUCAUUAUCAUGUUCCCAAUGUGACAUUUAAGCCUACAGAUAUGGGGGUUCCCAUAACUUCAGAGACUACCAAAAAAGUUGAAUCUUCUUCAACCAAGAAAGUGAUCUUAGCUCAGAUUCUGCAAGUUACUAUGGAGGGAAAACCUUCUCCCAGUAAAGGGAAGGUACUAGAGCAUUAUGCUGAGUCUCCUAAACAGGCUAACCUUUUAGAUAAGCAAGAGGCCAUAGCUCAGUCUCCAGGUCCUCCUGUGGACCCUAAAUUUUUAUUCAAUGAGUACAAGCCACACAUUCAGCAUUCUGAUUUAUCUGGGAGGGUUGAACCUUUUGGAAAAUACUUGGAAACCCCCACACAAUCUGAAAAAAACCCUGAGAAAAUCAAACUUCCAGACCAGCAGAAAAUCUCAGAGGCAGUACCAGAGUUUGGCAUCCAGAGUAAAGCUCAGAGUCUGCCAGGACAUGGGGUGAUGGUUCAUUCCGCAGUACAACAUCAGACUCAUGAUUAUGACAGUCCCAAUGUUGCAGGUAAGCCUGCAGAAGUGGAAGUUCUCAUAACUACAAAACCUACCAGUAAGUUCAAAUCUUCUCUAAACCAGCAUGCAGUCCCUGUUCAGAUUCUGGGAGCCCCAGUGCAAACAGGGCCUUCUGCCAGUCAACAGGAGAAGCCAGCCGGGCAUGCCACGCCUCCUGUGGAGAGUGAUCGUUCUUUAGCUCAACAGAGAUACCCAACUCAGCCUCAAACUUCACCCGUGUACACCAAACUUUCUCCCAAAGAGCAGCAGGAGCUAGUUAAACCUACAGAGUUUCCUGAGCAGACUGAAUCUUCUGCUAGCCAGAUGGAAGCUCCAGCAAGGCCUUCAGAGCUCCCUGAGGAAGUCAAACUUCCAGCCCAAGAAGAGUCUCCAGCUCAAGCUUCAGAAUCUCCUAUCCAGAAUAUAGUUCAAGCUCCAUUGAGUCAGGAGGAGACAGAUGAACCUGCAAGUCAGGAUCAAAAUUAUCAUGAUAACAUCCCCAGUGUUACACUUAAACCUGUAUUUAUGCAAAUUACCAUAGCUUCAGAGCUGACUGAAAAGGGUGAAACUUCUCCAACCCAUCAGGAACUGCCAGACCAGAUUCUGGGAGCUCCUGUGGAAAUGCAGGCUUCAGCCAAGGAGAAUCCAAUUGACUAUAAGGAGUAUCCUAUGGAGACUGGCCGUUCUUUAGCUCAGCAGAGAUACCCAACUCAGCCUCCUGGUCCUCCAGUGGGCACAGAAAGCUUACCCAAUGAGUCAGAGCAGCCAGCCCCAACUUCUAUGUCUCCUGAAGCAAUUGAACUUCCUGCUAGCCAGAUGGAAGCUCCAGCAAGGCCUUCAGAGCUCCCUGAGGAAGUCAAACUUCCAGCCCAAGAAGAGUCUCCAGCUCAAGCUUCAGAAUCUCCUAUCCAGAAUAUAGUUCAAGCUCCAUUGAGUCAGGAGGAGACAGAUGAACCUGCAAGAACUGCCAGACCAGAUUCUGGGAGCUCCUGUGGAAAUGCAGGCUUCAGCCAGGGAGAAUCCAGUUGA